UAUACGCAUAUAAAAAACGAAACUGCAAUAUAUUGUAUAGUUACAAUAUCUUUAAAAUUUAUCGUGUUUAUAUAUUAUAAUUGACUAAUAAGUAGUAACAGUUAAAAAUGGUGCCUGUGGUUUUUCUGGAUCUGUAUAAACUAGAUACUUUUAUUAAGAACAAAGCAAGUAGGAUAUUGCAUAUAAAAACGUUUGAUACAGAGUUGGAAAAGUUAAGAAUUCAAAGUGUGAUCAAAGAUCUUAACCUUGGUGAGUACAAUCAUUAUCUCGACCCAGAAAAUCAGCUCUUUCUGGAUUGGUAUGAGCUAAAACUGUUCUUAGAAGAUAAAUCAUCGAAAACAAGUCAAUGGAGCGGAUUAGUUUUAGUUUUUCUUGAUCUGUCCCACGUAGAUCCAACGGAUCCAGAUUACUCCUUGAAACUAAAACAAUUAAAUGAUUAUGUACUAACCGGAAGCUUUGCAAAAGUUAUUAUAAUAAGUAGCACGAAUGGCACCGAGCAGAAUUUAGAAAAAUAUUUCGAAAGUCUUGAUUAUUAUUUCAGUGAGAAUAUAAGCAACACGAUACACUACGGCCAUCUCACCAAAAAAGUAAAGACAGAUUUAUUAAAUUUACCAUGUAUCUUAAAGGAAAAUAAGUUAUUCAGCCUGAAAGAGUUUUUGCACAUUGAUAGCGUUGAUAAUCCGAGAUUAAGAAAGUUAUUCGAUGCUGAUAUGUUAAAAACCAUGCUCACCAACGAAAAUCAACUUUACUCAGAUCAAAACAAUUAUGGCAUUUAUUCCAGUUAUCCAGAGUUUUAUGUGAAGCGAAAGUUUGUUGAAUACCGCAUAGGAACUACUGCAAUAAAAAACUUACUCACCAAUCCUAGGGAAUUUUGUGGGUUAAUUAUUAUCAGUGGUUUUAAUAAUACAUCGGAGCUUAUUAACCUUUUAGACGCUUCUACUAAAGAUAUUAGGAAAAUACAAAAAAUUAGGCAUUUAUUAGUAUAUAAAACGUUGUAUCAUGCAUAUCGCAUAUUUAAUUUUGUAAAACUAGACGUAGAAAUGAUAAUUUUUUUAAGAUAUUGCAGUAAAAAAGGUUUCACUUGUGUAAAUACCAAAGGGUAUGUAAACAAUUUUAAAGAUUUGUUUACAGAAAAAACAGAUUUUAACGAGCGUGAUUUAGUACAAAAAAAACUGUUGAUACUAAGCGGUCCUGCUGGGAUAGGAAAAACUUCCACCUUGAUUUAUUUAUGCGAUUUACUUAACUCUCGCAGAUGGGCUAUUUUUGUAGAUUUAUCCAAAAAUCCAGCGGUUAAAGGGCUUCCAUUAAAUUUAACUCGGGAAUCAACCGUUGACUUUUUAUGGGCUUGGACUGAUAAAAAAAUGUUUACCAAAAAGUUGUUAUAUGAUGCCCUUUUCGGCGAAAAAUCCAAGCCUGUUUACUUAUUAAUGGAUGAAUUCAACAGAAGCAUUCUACGUGAAUCGUGGUUAAGGGUGCUGAGUUAUUUAAAUGUCUUCUCAAAAGCUUAUAUCUGGAUAACUGCAAGGCCUAUAGAUGUGCCAGUUUUAGAAAAAACUUUAUCCGUUUGCAGUACCAGUUUGACCGAAAUAAGCGAUAUUCAACAGAAAGUUUAUUUGACAAAUUUCAUUAAAAAACGGUUAAAUAUGACUAAAGUUGAUUCUAAGUUUGUUGGGAAUUUUGUUGAGCAUAGCCAAUACAUUCUAACCUCACGUGAGGAUAUCUUUGGCAAGUUUUUGUUAUUUAAAAUGUUAAUUGAUGUUAACCUUAACUUCAUAGAGGAGUAUCAUAAGGGUGCUGACCAUCGUUUCUUUUUUCAAACCUUUUUCGAUCCAUUUGAAAUUGUUGAAAAAUAUAUAUGUUAUAAAGAAAUUAAUUUACGUUCAUGGGAAGCCAUGCAAAGAGUAAUAUUUCCGCAAAAUAAUUUUUUCCAAUUUGAUACAUGUUCUAUAACCGUUGCGGAAUACUUAAUGGCAAAAGAGCUCUAUUCCCUCAUGCUGACCACAGAAUUGUCCCUAAAACUUAUCAAGUUCUUGCUUACGGAGUGUUUAAUAAAACCCCAAUACAUCUAUGUAAGGGUAUUUUUAAAUGUUUUUUUCAGAGAGAAAGCCGUAAUUAAUGAGGACGUUUCAAGCAUGAUAAAUAAAUUAUGGAUUCAAGACAGUAGCAUCUUUUUUAACGAAAACUCUGACUGGGCACUACCUGUAUUAAUCAAAGAAAACCUUUUUAAUUUAGCUUCUUGGUUUUUAUGCAAGGAGUUUAUAAAACACAAUGCACAUAUGAUAUCUUAUCAAAAAGGGCGAGGCAAAACCGUAUUGAAUUUAGCAAUUGAUAAGAAAAAUACGAACAUUUGCAACGCUAUUCUCGACACGUACGUUCAAAAGCAACUAAUAUACGAUACUCUAGAUAACGGCAAACAAUAUAAAGGUCCUUUAAGGAAAAUAAAUAAAUCUUGGGUGUUAGACACACUUCAAACAUACGAAAAUACCAUGAAUGAAUUUAAACAAUUGUAUUCGACCAUCACUCUUUGGAAAACCUAUAAACAUUCAGAACUUUUCUUAAGAUGGUCGCAUAACUUAGUACACUUUGCAGCAAUGAACCGACUUAAUGAUAUGUUAGAGCAGCUUAUAAGAGAACAGAUUUCUGUUGAUGGUUUAGAUACUAACAAUGCCACAGCCCUUUACUAUGCUUCUAAAGAAGGCUACAUCGAAAUCGUUCAAAAGUUAGUAGAGGCAGGUGCAAACGUGAAUAACCAAACAAAGAAGUCCAAAACAGCCGUAUUAAUAAGCAUUCAGAGGAAACUGUUUAAUAUAGCUUGUUAUUUACUACAAUUAGACCAGACAGACAUUUUUUGGUGUGAUGUAAAGGGCACAUCUUAUUUAGGGCAAGCAGCAAAGUUCGGAUCUAUUGAAAUUGCUAAAUUAUUGCUGGCUAGAGGAAGUGAUAUUAACCAUCGAGAUAAAUUGGGAAUGAGCCCCCUUUCCUGGGCAGUGAAAAUGGGUCAUGUACAUAUAAUUAAUUUUUUAAUUAGCCAGGGGGCCGAUUGUUUCAUUAGAGACAAUAUUCACUCAAAUCUUAUUCAUAUUGCCUUAAAAGCUCGAAAGUGGAAUGUUGUAAAAUACUUAACUUUUUGGCAAAUUAAUGUUGAAUAUGGCAAUUUAUAUCGUGUAACACCCCUUCAAUGUGCCGUAAAAUUAAGGAAUUGGGCUAUUGUUAAGCAUUUGGUUUUAGAAGGAGCUCCGAUAUAUUCGGAUUCUGUCAGUUCUGCCCUAAAAGGAAAUCAAUGGAAUUUAGUAAGGAUAAUGCUGCAACAAAAUGCCGAUAUAAGCAGUUUUACUGUUGAUGAAAAAAAUCAAAUAUUAGAACACUGUUUGCCUUCAGGAGAUACCCAUAAUAAAAUCUCUUAUUUAAUGCAAUUAGGUAAUGCUGAUCUAUUGAACACUUAUAUUAUUAACAUGUUAUUUUGUGAUGUAGAUCUAGAAUCCAAGUUAUCUGAAUUGUAUGAAAAGCAUUUAAUAAAUAAGAGUAAGUUAUCCAAAAAUAUAAAGAAUUUCAUAGAAGAAAAACUCUAUGAAAUACGGGCUGCUAGAGGUCAACAAAUCAUAAAGAUCAACAACGAAUCAUUAAAAGAACGUCUAAAUUUGAUUUGUGAAAAUAUUCGAGAGAUUAAACAACAUGACGAAAAUGACACUCCUAUUGACGACAAAUUCAUAUCACACGCGGAUGUCAUAGCUCAGCAAAUAGAAGUUAUAGCACACCAUGACAAAAUUAAAAAUGACUGUCCAGCUUUUAAACAGACACAGUUUUGCUUAUUAUUGUUUCUUAAUUAUUUUCGGGAAAAACCACAAGAUUCCGUCUAUUCGUUCGUUUUAAAUCAAUGUAAAAUAAUCGAGUAUUUAAACUAUCUUCUUGACGCCAUUAGAAACUAUUUAGAACAAGGAAAUUUUACGUCACAAAAUCAAUCUUCGUUAAAAUCAGAUUUUAGACUUGUAAGAGACAUUUAUUCCCUGAAAACCAUAUGGUCACAGAUAAAAACUACUCAGGACGAAACUCACCCAAGCCAUGACGUAGAAGUAUAUGGGCUAAUUCGUUGCUUACAAGUUAUAGGAGAAAAUGUAAAGAACACAGACGAACAUCCAAAUUUAUCAGAUGAAGUGCACAAACACCUUAUGUACUAUGCUCCAACAAGUGUACAAAAAAUACUCACCAGACUUCGUGAUUCGAUUCGCCAUCCCAAACUGCUAAUGGAAAGAAUAAAGUUUGAAAAACGAAUUUUACAUGAAAAAGAGGUAUACCAAAGCGUAAAAAAUGAUUUAAAAAAAAUUCUUGUAGACAUUGAACUUAUAUUAUACAAGAAAAAAGCAGAGGCGAUUAACAUAUUUUUGAAAAAUUCUGACGAGUGUAUGUGCGAUGUUAAGUUUAAAAAAAUUACACGGCAUUUCGCAUUGGUCCGUUUCAAUCAUUCUUACGAUGAUGAGGUUUAUAUUUAUGAAGAAAUUGAAACUACAAAAACUUCAAUCGAGAAGCUAAAACAACUAUUGAAGAACAAUAUCAAUCAAAAAAAUAGCUUGAAAAAGAUCGAAAAUGACAUUACCCAAUUCUUGGAAGAAACUAAAACAUAUGUUAAACGUGUGAAGAAUGAAUAUUGCGGAACAUGGUUCGAUUUACCCACUUUGCUAAAUACACGAAACAGUAUCUACUUAAAUACUCAAAUAAGACUUAUAGAAAAAUUGGCAACUUACUUUAAUCGACCGGCAUUGCAUUGUAGCAUAAUAUUAUUUGAAAUGAUGGAGACAAAUAAAAAAGAACUGCAGAACAAUCCGCAAGACCAAGAAAAAAUCCAGAUAAAUAAUAUUUUAGGUAACUUGUUAUACCUGAUACAAUUUCAGAUGUAUAGAGCAGAAAAACUUGAGGAAAUCCAAGGCACUUUGGUAAUUUCAGAAAAAGAAACUCCAGAAGAAGAAAAGAUUUCACUCCUGGAUGAAAUUUUUAAUGAUAUAAGAAAUAACAUCAAGAAUCAAGAAACCGUUACUCAGUUUGACAGUUUUAUUAAUGAUACCAAAGAGAACCAUUCCAUUUUAACUUCUAUCAAUAAAACUUCAAAUUCGCCAGAUGAUUUGAUAGAAAAAUUAUCUAACAAAAAAUUAAAAUCACAACUAAGACGUCAAAAAAAAAGGAAACCACAAUCAUUUACAACACUAGUAGCGGAAUUAAAUUUGUAUGGAAAAAUCCUUAAAAAUAUUACAAAUAUCAAAAAGAACUAUUAUGACUUAUUAGAAGCGAUUGAACAGUAUUUUGCUUCAAUCGAUAAUGCUGAAGUUAGUAUCGCUGUAAAUGAUUUUAAAAAUGACCAAAUAAAGCUAAUUGCAAAUUUCUAUAAAAAUAAAUUUAAAAUAUUAGAUUCAAUUGUGAAGAAUGGCUACGAUCUUGACAAGCCCUUAGUGCGAGCCGCAAUGGAAAUAUUAUUACUUGACAUAUUAAAUUACUUAGACGACAGAAGAUGCAUCCAAAAAUACUCUACAUCCUACGAAGAGUUUUCGCCUAUUUUAAUAAGUACUGCCCUACUCAAUUAUUUAGCACAUGGGAAUAUUUUAACAGACUCAUUGCCUUAUGAUCCACAACGUUCAAUUUUAAACUGUAUAUGUUGGUUACGUAAACAUUUUAGCCUGAACAUAAUUCGCAAACAAGUUGGGGUAGAUAACAAACCUUAUUUAUUUAAAGAAAAUAUCUCAAAUAAAUUUAUUAAGUUACAGGGCCAAAUAAUUCCCCUUCCGAGCUACCAUAAGUUAUAUCAUAUGUUUCUCGAUGCGGCAGAAGUGGGAAAUAUUGCUUCGUUGAAAUAUAUUUUAGAUAAUAUAUUAUACGAUAUUAAAACCGGGGCAUCGAUGGUCCAGUUUGAAGGUUUCUUAUGGCCAGCUAUAUUUUAUGCCUCGGUUAACGGCCACAGAACUAUUGUUCUCGAGUUAAUUGGUCGAGUUGAUAAAAGUCAUCAAUGUUCGAAACAAUCCAGCCUUCUAAUAAGAUUAGCUAAACAAACUGUUGCACGGUUGGAUGUGGAAACUUGGAACGCAAGUAAUAAUUACGACAAUAUAAUCGCUUUGUUCCAUCAAACUUGUCUCCAAGAAGCUGUAAAGAGCGACAAACAAAUUGUCGAAGAUUUACUUAAAUAUUGUGAUGCCGAUACUCGAGAUUGUUCUGAUAAUACCGCUCUCAUUAUUGCUGCUGAAGCUGGACGCAUUGAUAGUGUUGGAGUAUUGUUAAGUCAUGCGGCUGACGUAAAUGCUAAAAAUUUUGUUUCGAGAACUGCUCUUCAACAUGCCAUCCUACAUGGUCACGAAAAUAUUGCAAAAUUAUUGAUCGAUAGCGGAGCCAAUGUUGAAGAUUUGGACGGAUAUGGGCUUAGUGCACUUGCCUACUCGAUUACGUAUAGCUCGGAAAAUACCGUUAAUCAUCUGUUACAGUAUGUCCAUGUAGACACAAUUUGUAGUGAUAAUAAUUCUACUGCCCUUCAUGUAGCUGCUGAAAACGGACGCGAAGAUAUCUUAAUUUUAUUAAUUCAAAAAGGAGCUGAUGUUAACGCGAUCAAUAACCAUGGCUCGACAGCAUUAGAGCUAGCUAUAUCUAAGGACCAUAAGAAUAUUGCCACAAAGUUACUUAACUUGAAAGAUAUAGAUUUUAAUACGAAAAAUAUUAAUCAACAUGAUGCUUUGUAUUUAGCUGCUGAAAAUAACAUGACUGAAAUUGUCGAAAUAUUACUUAGAAAUGGUGCUCAAAUUGAAUCUUUUGAUAAAAAUAAUCGGACAGCCCUACAUACAUCCGCGGAAAAUGGAUGUAUAACUGUUGUCGAGCUGCUUUUAGACAAACAUGCCAACUUAUAUGCUACUGACGUGAGUGGUAAUACGGCACUUCAUCUCGCUAUUUACAGCAAUCAAAAAAGGGUGGUGGAAUUAUUACUUAAACGCACUAACGAUUCCGCUUUUAUAAACGCAAUUAAUAUAAAUUGUUACACGCCUUUACACAUAUCUGCUAAUUAUGGCCAACACAAUUUGGUAGAAUUAUUAAUUGAUAACGGUGCCGAGUUUAAUGUUAAAGACGAGAACAAUAAUACCGCCCUUCAUAUGGCGGCCAUGGAAGGACAUGACGAUGUUGUAAAAAAACUAUUAUCAAUUCCUAAAAUUGCGCAACACAUAAAUGAAACCAAUGGUAAUCAAAUAGCUCCCUUACAUUUAGCAGCUUAUUAUGGCUUUGAUAAAACAGUGAAGUGUUUAUUAGAAAAGAACGCAAAAGUAGACGUUCGUGGAUUAAAUGACAUGACUCCUUUACACUGUGCCGCUCAAAGUAACCACUAUAAUAUUGUUAAAAUCUUAUUAAACGCCAAAGCGGAUGUAAACGCUUUAACAAGUUUCAAAAAUUCCGCAAUAUACUUCGCCGCCGCAAACGGAUUUGAAAGGAUCGUCAAGCUGUUGCUAUUGCAAAACCCAAAACCAAAUAUAGAUAUUGUUGAUGAAUUCAAUCGAAAGCCCCUUUGUGCGCCAACUGAAUUUGGAUUUUAUAAAAUCGUUAAGCUAUUAUUGUCACACGGAGCCAAACCAAAUGGGAGUAACGCUCUGUUGGCAGCUGCAAUGCACGGACACAUAGAAACCGUUAAAUUAUUAUUAGAAUAUGACAUAAUCGAUACAGUAAAUAGUGAAUGUACGGCCCUAUUUGCGGCGACUCAAGAAAAUCAAACUGAAAUUGCCUCCAUGUUAAUAGAAAAUAAAUCAGAUAUAAAUUUUCUUUCUAAAAAUAAAUUCUCACCACUCUAUAUGGCCUCGUUAAAUGGUAAUAAGGAGAUUUGCAAGAAACUCAUUGAAUCAGGAGUGAAUGUAGAUCUUAAAAAUGAAAAUGACAUAACCGCCUUACAUGUGGCUGCUGAUAAAGGCUAUUAUACCAUUGUCACAUUACUGUUAUCACAUGGGGCAGAUGUAAAUGCUCUCACUGUUGCCAAUAAGAGUGCUCUCCAUUUUGCUAGCGAAAAAGGCCACAGAAAAAUUGUUUCUUUGUUAUUACAAAAGAAAGCACAAGUAAAUGCGAUCGUUGACGAAUCGUUAUUAACUCCAUUGCACCUGGCAGCUACAAAUGGUCACACAGCCACUGUAAAAUUGUUGCUAUCUAAAGGGGCUGAUAUUAAUUCCAUUACUCAUGCACAAUCGUUAGCACUACAUUUGGCUUCUCAAAAUGGACAUCUGAAAGUAAUUAUGGUGUUAUUAAAUUCUUUCAAGGUGAAUAUUAAUGCCAGAGAUUCUGAAAAACGUACAUCUUUAUACUUAGCUACAAUGUUUAAUCGAAGAAGAGUAGUGGAAUUAUUGAUUUCAAGAGGUGCGGAUGCAAAUAUGUCGGAUAUACAUCAGACGACACCAUUACAUAUCGCAACAGUAAAUAACUAUAAAGAUUUAAUGAGUUUUUUGCUUAAGCAUGGCUCCGAUGUUAACUUAUGUACGUAUACACAUAAUUUAAGUACAAUACAUUUUACAGAAUAUGAUAAUGAAGGACAUAAUUAUGUAUCCGCUCUUCACAUAGCUACUUAUUGUUCCGACCAUACAACUAUGGACAUUUUACUUAACCAUCCCGAUAUCACGAUAGAUAUUCAGGAUAUUAACAAACGGACGCCCCUGCAUCAUUCCGUUUUUCUCAAUAGCCCUGUUUUUGCUGAAAAAUUAUUAAAGCACGGAGCCAAUAAAAAUAUUGUCGACAACACAUUGAAUACCCCCAUUUUGCUUUCAGUAGUAUUACAACGAGAGAGUAUUUUUAAAAUAUUGUUUGAUCACAAAGCUGACGUCAAUUUGGCUGACAUAGAACUUAGAACGCCUCUACAUUACUCCGUAACCCUGAAUAACGAAUAUAUUACAAAAUUAUUGUUAAAAAGGGUAGCUAACAUAAACUGUCUGGAUAAAAACAAAAGUACUUGUUUACAUAUUGCUACUAAGAAUGGCUAUUUGCCGAUCGUAAAACUUUUAUUACAAUAUGGUGCUUCUGUUAACUUAACUGAUAACGCUUUAGGCACACCGCUUCAUUAUGCAGCUAAAAAGGUCGAUUUAGACAUUAUUAAAAUAAUAAUUGCUCGUGGGGCUAAUGUAAAUGCUCUUAAUUCAAAGUGGGAUAUCCCCUUGAUGCUAUUAUCUAACGUUCCUAACAAAAACACCGAAGAAACUGCUGAAUUCAUGAUUAAAUAUGGAGCAGAUAUAAACGCUAGGAAUAUAAAUCAUAUAACGAGUCUUCACGUAGCAGCUGCUCAAAAUAAUUUAGAAAUGGCAAUAGUUUUAUUAAGGCACGGCGCUGAUGUAAAUAUUAUAGACACAAAAUUACAUACCGCCCUUCAUUAUUGCGCUGAAAAUGGUAAUAAACUUAUUGCUGCAUAUUUAAUUCAGAACGGAAUCGAUUUAAAUGGAGUAACAAUUGCUCAAGUAACUGCACUACAUAUUGGAGCUUUAAGCGGACAUACGGGAUUUGUUGAUAUAUUAUUGCGUUGCGGUGCUGCUGUUAAUGUUACCGAUGUGAACAGAAGAACUCCUUUACAGUAUGCCACUGAGGCGGGUAAUAAAGACAUUGUUAAAUCAUUACUGGAUAGAGGGGCCGAUGUAAAUAAUCGUGAUGUCGAUCUGUGUACAGCAUUACACAAGGCGUCAGAGUUGGGUCACAUUGAAAUUAUUAAAAUUUUACUGAAGAACAGUGCAGAAAUCGAUUUGAUAGAUAUAAAUGGAUAUACAGCACUUCAUUACGGCGUUCAAAAUCACCAUGGAGAAAUUGUCGAGGAACUACUUUCUUAUGGAGCUAAAAUAGAUCAUUCAAACAUUUGUAUCAAAUGCACCUCUCUGCUCAACAUUGCUUGCUCAUUAGGACAUACAGAAAUAGUUAGAACGUUAAUUAGAUCUGGCGUAAAAACAGCUUUUACAGACAUUUUUGGCCGUACGGCACUACAUUAUGCCACCCUUGAUGGUCACAUCCACAUUACUGACAUAUUAUUAACUCAAGAGGUAGAUAAAGAUGCACAAGACUAUUCUGGCCAAACUGCUAUUCACUACGCUGCGCAAAAUUGUUUAGUAGAUAUCAUAAAAAAAUUAAUAGAAUCAGGGGCCAAUGCAAAUUUAACAAAUGCAGAAAACCGUACUGCUUUGCAUUAUGCCGUCGAGUCUGGUAAUGUAGAUUUGGUAAACCUUUUACUUCCUGUAAUUUCAAAUAUUAAUUCGACCGAUAUCAGCGGCGAAACUGCCCUGCAUAUCGCCGUUGCGGGUAAUCAUAAGGAUAUUGUUAAACGUUUAAUAGAGUACCAUGCUGAUGUGAAUUUCGCAUCACCGACGCUACAAGUGAUGCCAAUUCAUUUGGCAACCACUGUCGGCGAUGUAGAACUUGUCGAAAUAUUAGUGCAGAAUGAUGCUGAUGUGACGGCCAGAGAUAUAUACGGACGUACACCUUACAAAAUAGCGGCUGAAAUAUUUGGGUCGGAAUCGGAGUUUUGUCAAACCUUCUUUAACAUUUUACUUGCUAAAAUUGAUAUUGAAAUGUAAAAAAUUGUUUCUUUCAAAUUGUUUUAAAUUAUUUAGUAAUUCGAUUAAUAAAAUGGUGUUAACAUUUAUUUAUUUGAAAAUGAUUUUUAAUUAUAUUAUUGUCUUUAAGUAAUAAUAACAUUCUAAAUAGUUUUUUAAUAUAAAAAAUAUUAGAUAUUAAUAUUAUAAAACUAAAUUUCCUUUCUGAUCCAACUAACAUUGUGACGAUUUGAAUCCAAAACCUAUUCAUAUUUUUUUUAACACCACGAUCCAAACAAAAUAUAUAAGCGCGUGAUUUAAUGAUCUUGGGUAUGGUCGCUGCCUUGUAUAAUUUGUUCUUCUAAAAUGACAUUAAACUGUAAAGUUUAAAAAGUUGAAGAAAAAUAAUUGAAGAUAUCAAAAACAUCGUUCCUCGUACCAAGUAUAUUCUUCGAAGUUUAUUAUUAUUAUAUCGCAAUUAAGUUAAAAUAAUUCUAAUUAUUAAAGCGAAAAAAACUUUGAUAUACGUAUCAAAAUGUACUGAUGUUUUGAAUUUGAUGAAAAUAUUCUCACAGCAGACUGUAAGAAUAUUUGGAAGACCCUAAGUUAAAAAAAAAACAGAAGCUUAUUUCCCCAUAAUCAAGUACAUUAUUACUUGAAUUUAAAAUCCGAAAACCUAAUUAAAUUAAAAAAAAUUCUAAUUUACUCUUUUAUUCAAAAUUACUAAAACUUCCGUUCAAACAUGAUAAAAUGAAGCAUCCAAAUUUACUUCACUUUUAAGUGUUUUAUUCACAAAUUGUAAGCUAUAUCCUAAACUCAGUAACUUUUGAGCUAUAAAGUGUUGAAAAUUGUCUUUAGGUGUCUUUAAAACCUUUAGAACCAAAUUUGGGAGACUGUAUAAAAUUUCUAGAAAGUAUUUAAUAUUAAGUACUGCUAGACUUUAAGUUAUUAUAGAAUU